UGAUCCGUUUCUUCCAUAAAAAAAACAAAUAUUCCUGGAGUCCUUGAAUUCUAAAGCCCUAGACUUCGGAAAACAAUGGCAGAAUCCAUGGAAAAAAAUCCAUCAAACUUCGAAGAUCUAUCGUCUGUUCAAGCAGUUCUAGUCGGGGCAAUAGCUCCAGGAGUCAAUGCUCCAACAUGGAGUACCCUAAAAUUGGUGUUUAUGAUGUUGGGUAUCAGUUUAAUUCUGAUGCUUGUUUUGGGAUUUACUUAUAGUGAUUCUGCUUUGGUUCUUCAUGCUGGGUUUCUUGUUUUCCUUGCUCUUACCCUCUUUUUUCUACUUAGCAGUUUUCUCGAACAGACUGGUUUAGUUUCAGUUGAACGUCAAAUGCAGGAAAUAGGCCUGGCACCAAAGGACUGCAAAACAAACCCCAAAACCGAGUGAAUAAGAGUUUCAGUUCAAUCACACACAUAACAGUUUUAGAGCUAACACUUAAGAAAAUCAUGUUUCAUCCAAUUUUGAUGUAAUUACAGUACCGUACAUAAAAUUUUCUCAUUGUAAAAUUGCAUAGAAGCUGAAAGGGCUUAACCGGUUGCCUUUUCGAUGCUUUGCUUUCUUUUUGUCGUUGGAUGUCAUGUAACAGAAACACGAGGAUCGUAGGCAUUGGGUAUGCUGUUGGCAAAGAGUCAUGAUGUCAUGUAACAGAAGCUCGAAUUCCAUUUUUUAUUCUACAUUUAGGAAGUAUGAUACAUAAAUA